CAUCCUCUCGCAACACUUUGCAGCUGCUUGCAUCUACUCCUCCUUUUAUAUACAACAAGAACAACAACAUAGGCUAAACUAAACACAAACACAACAACACAAGUGUGUGUUUUUGUGUGUGUACGUGUUUGUGUUUCGUGUAUUGUUGUGUGUUUUUUUUUUGUUUUUUUCAUUCAUGGAGAAGCACAAGUGCAAGCUUUGCUUGCGGAGUUUCGCGAAUGGAAGAGCGUUGGGAGGUCACAUGCGGUCUCACAUGAUGAACCUACCUGUUCCUCCGAAACAGAGCGAGUUGGUGCCGAUUCAACUCAGCUUCGAGGCCGAGUCAUCUCCUUCGCAGUCUUCAUCUUCUUUCUACGGUCUCAGAGAGAAUCCCAAGAAAAACUUUCGCUUCGCAGAUCCUGAAUUCUCGUUCGCAGCAGCGGAAACUUCCUCCGUGAUCCUGCAGGACAGGGAGAGCGAGACCGAGUCGUCGAGGAAUCCGACUCGGAGACGAUCCAAGAGAGCGUGGCAACAACUCGGCGGCGACAGCGGCGGUGGCGGUGGUGGUGAUUCCGAUGAAUCAGAAAAAAAGAUGAUGAAAGUUUUUGACGCCGUAAACAAGAACAACAACGAAUCCGCAAGUUCGGUUUCGGACACCACGACGGAGGAAGCCGUGGCAUUCUGUCUCAUGAUGUUGUCUCGCGACAAAUGGAAGGAAAACAACAAGUUAUUAUAUGAUAACAAGGUCGAGAUAGCAGAAUAUAACGAUGAUUAUGAUGACGAGGAAGACGAAGACGAAGAAGAAGAGGAAGAUGAAGAAAUUUACGAAUCCGAAGAGGAACUUAAAUCUGUUAAAAAGAGUAACAAAGUGCGAGGAAGAUACAAAUGCGAGACGUGUGAAAAGGUGUUUCGAUCUUAUCAAGCUCUUGGAGGCCAUCGUGCUAGUCACAAGAAGAUCAAGCUCAACAACUGCGAAAACAAGAACAAGAACAACAACAACAACAACGACGAUGAAGCUGAACAACUCGAAGUUCAGCACGUUGUUGUGGUGGAGAAGAAAAUUCACGAAUGUCCUGUUUGUUUUAGAGUAUUUGCUUCUGGUCAGGCUCUGGGAGGACACAAGAGAACACAUGUGAUUGGUUCUUCGACUGCUGCUGCAACAACAACUGCGACAGCAAUCACAACCGUUUCUGUUAGAAACUCUGUUGCAACUGUUUCGGUUAGAACAACUUCUACUGCUAGAGUUGUUGGAGAUAGUUUGAUAGAUCUCAAUCUCCCUGCUCCAAUGGAUGAUGAUGAAGAGGAGGAGGGGAAUGUUAGCCAAUUCGAAGACUCAGCUGUUUCGGAUGCAGAGUUUGUUAAACUGUGAAGUUCUUCUUCUGAAACUUAUUUGGAUUUUCUUUUUUCUUGGGCCCUGUGAUCCGAAGGUACAAAAAUUUUGGUUCGGUUACUUACUUGCAAUUUUAGAUUUGUUCAGCCAUUUGGGCUAAUUAUAACUUACAAUAUGGUUACUCUAAAGUUGAUAUUUAUCUCAAUAAUUUCACAAUUCUUCUUAAAUUUGGUUCUUCAUGAUUGUUAUUAGUUUUGAAGUUGGAGUUGGAGUUAGAGUAAGAUGAACAUCCAUAAACAGAGGAACUGAACUUUUUAAGCUUACUUUGUUAUAUUUAAAAUUUCUCUGCUUUUUUUUAUAUAAAGUAAAAAUAAUUUACUAGGAGGAUUUCUGGGCUCUA